AUGAAGGUCAUGCUGCAGGCUCACGGCCUCUGGGACGCAGUGGAGUUUGGUGAUACGGAUUUCAAGGAAGAUCGCAUGGCGCUGGAAACCAUCCUCCGCACUGUGUCCCAGGAGAUGAUUGGCACGCUCAUUGUCAAAACGAGCUCCAAGCAGGCCCAGGACACCAUCAAAUUGAUGUGCGUCGGCGACAAUUGUGUCCACAAGGUCUCGACGCAACAAUUGCAGAUGGAAUUCAAGGCAAUUUCAUUUCGUGACAAAGAGACAAUCGACGAUUGCGCGAUGCAUCUCUCCGGCCUCGUCACCAACCUCGCCACGCUCAAAGAAAUGAUGGAAGAACAAAAUAUGACUCUCACGCUGGAGGAAGUGACUGGGAGGCUAAAGGCGGUGGAGGAUCGCCUCAAUCCGGAAGAAUCCCCUGCCGUCGGCAGAAAGUCCUCCUCACCGAGGAGUCAUGAAUUGCGCGAGCCACCAGCUAACCACGUCCACCUCGACGAGCCACGUGCACAAGUCCACCUUGGUGACAGCGACGACGGCGAUCACCUGGAGGGCUGGUACUUCGAUACUGGUGCCACCAACCAUAUGGCGGGUCACCACGAUGACUUCACGAAGCUCGAUCGAGGUGUGGUGGGUUCCGUCCAUAUCGAAGAUGGCUCAAUGGUCGACAUCCGCGGUUGUGGCACCAUCGUAUUUGCUAGAAAGAAUGGAGAGUACAAGGCACUUUACAGCGUCUACUUCAUCCCACGGCUAAAGAAUAGCAUCAUCUGCGUGGGUCAGCUGGACGAGGGUGGAUCCAAGAUGCUGAUCGAGGACGACAUCUUACGGAUCUGGGACCGUUAG